AACAAGGUCAUCGUUCUCCAUCGGUGAGUAGGGUAAAGUGAACGGGUCGCGUUUCAGUGGCCCUUUUAAUCCUUUAUCCGAUGGCUUCCGUGUUAAAAAAUGCUGUGCGCCUAGCAACGAAGACGCUCCAUGAGUCUAGCAAGCCAGGCGUUAAAGCAACCUCGAGGUUUUUCCAUUUUUAUUCUCCGGAGCCGUGUCACCCGAUCCCUGAUAAGUUGCCGAAAUGGAUGUCGGCCGAGGAGGCCGUGUCGGUCGUGAGGUCCGGGAUGAAGGUAUUUGUCCACGGUGGGGCGGCCACCCCCAUGCCUCUCGUUAAUGCCCUGGCACAGCAUGGGUUAGACUCCGACCUGAACGGAAUAGAGAUUAUGGACAUGUUUCUCAUUUGCCAAACCCCUUAUGUGCAGCCAGAGUACAAAGGAAUUUUCAGAAGUAACUCAUUUUUCAUUGGAGACAAUUGCCGUGAAGCAGUGAAUGACGGAAGGGCCGACUUUGUCCCCAUAUUUCUCAGUGAAAUUCCGCUGCUUUUUAGGCGCAAUUUAAUCACCCUAGAUGUUGCCCUGAUCUCUGUCAGCUCACCAGAUGAACACGGUUUCUGUACGCUGGGUCCCAGUGUGGACUGUGCUAGAGCUGCCUUGCAGAAUGCCAGGUAUAUCAUAGCUCUGGUGAACCCCAACAUGCCUCGUACAUUUGGAGACGGAAUGGUUCACAUGUCUCACUUUGACGCCAUGGUGCAGGAAGACUACGCUCUGCCUGAGUACAACUCCAAUAGGACAACUAGCGAGGUGGAACAGCAGAUUGGACGCAUAAUCGCUACUAACUUAGUUCAAGAUGGCGCCACUUUGCAGAUGGGUAUUGGUAAUAUCCCAGAUGCAGUAAUCAGUGCUCUAUGGAGUCACAGGGACCUUGGCAUUCACAGCGAGAUGUUGGGCGAUAGCAUGAUCGAUCUCGUGGAACGUGGUGCCAUCACAAAUGCUGGGAAGAAUAUCCAUCCUGGGAAAAUCGUAGGAGGUUUUGCCGUGGGGACAAAGAGGCUGUACGAGUAUAUGCACGAUAAUCCAAUGAUUGUGAUGUUGGACAUAGGGUUUGUAAAUAAUACUUCCAUAAUUAGCCAGAAUCCUAAAGUGACGGCAAUCAACUCGUGUAUUGAGAUUGACUUGACAGGACAGGUGUGUGCAGACUCCAUUGGGACCUGGAUGUACUCCGGUGUUGGCGGUCAAAUUGACUUUUUGCGCGGUGCUGCUCUAAGUAUGGACGGCCAGGGGAAACCAAUCAUUGCCCUCCCCUCCACCACCCAAAAAGGGGAAUCCAAAAUUGUUCCCGUCUUAAAAGCUGGGGCGGGUGUUACGACCAGCAGAGCACAUGCACAUUACAUAGUGACGGAAUACGGCAUUGCGUCCUUGUUUGGCAAGAAUCUCAGACAGAGAGCUUACGAAUUAAUCAAAAUCGCUCACCCAGAUCACAGAGAAACACUGGAGAAAGAAGCAUUUGCCAGAUUAAAAUGCAUGCCAUCUCCUUAACAAGAAAACAUUUGAAAUUAAAUACCUGUUGUUUGUUUAUAAGGUGUAUUCACACACGGAAUUAAGUUUGGAUUCAUUUAGGUACAACUGGCGUCAACAGAUAACUGAAAGAAUGGUCCAGUGAUUAAGUGUUCUAGGUCUGGUGGGGUUUGCUUGUUACCUUGCUCAGCACAGCUGAACCGUGUUCACACAAAGUAAAUCAUGGACUGUUAUGGCAAGGUUUAACUCCCCACCAUAGACCAGCUGGCUGUUCACAUAAUUUCUGAACUUCUCUGCAAAAACAUUAACUCUAACAGUACAGAUGCAAUACAGAAUUAAACCAUAAAAAUAUCUGUGAACAUCGUAAAGAUAAAAUUCUCUCUGACCCUGGUACAUUGUAACAGAGUUUUAAGAUAUGGUAUUACAAUCUCAUCAUCUGUGGACGCGUUGUGGACCUACCUAAAUCGGUCUCAGAUUUAGUCCUUGUCUGGAUGCACCUUUAUUUUACUGAAGUGCAAAUAAAUCUAUGUGGUCAUGUGGUAUUUCACUAUAUCAACAGCUAGUUGAAGAUUAAAAAAGUGGGGAGGGAUACAAUAUUUUUUUUAAUAUUUCAACUCAUUUCUAGUAACAGCCAAUUGUGAGACUAUAUAUUGACCUUUACACACUAUUUGAAGAGCGUCUAAUUUAUGUUAUUUUUCUCAUCAAGGCAAAUUAAGAAUAGAUUUGCUACCAAGGCUUAGCUUUAUCAAAGAGAACAACAAAAAAGGGUUUAGUUGACCUUUUGCAAUAUGACACUGAUCUUGGUUUUUGUGUACAACACAAUUGCAUGUUAUUGAUGCCUUAAAGGUUUGUAAUUGUUAUUUUAGACGGCAUGAUAAUCAUCAUUUUUUUUCUUUGAGAAACUGAUGUAAAAUAUUUGACUGAAAAAUUGGGUAAUAUCUUAAUGUGGCAUAUGGUUUUGCAGAUCUAAGUUUAGGUAAUCAAUAUGCUUGUUUGACAAAAGAAGUAAAAAUCAUAAAAUGAUGUAAAUUGUUAAACAUAUUAGCAUGUUAUUAUAUAGCUUGGAGUGUGUAACCCAUGACAAUGAUUUAGAAGGGUUAUAACCUGUUAGCAUGUUUUCAUAUUUAUACACGUGCAGGGGCACAACAAACAGUCUGAGUCACCUGGCUUGGCCAAAUCAUUGAAAAUGACAGACUGGAUAAUAGAGUUUUUUUUCUGUUCUAAUUUUUGGUAAUUAUUGAGCUGUUAUUCAAUUAAGGAGAUGACCGUGUACUGUUAUAAUGCAUGUUUUUAGUGCUGGUUGUUCAUGUUAUUCAUUUAUUUAUCAUUUCAUUUAUUCUUUUAUUUAUUAAAGAUAUUUUUAAGAUGUAUAAAAGGGUUGUAUACAAAUGGAUUUGCACUAGUCAUGUUGAAAACCAAUUUCAUAAAUGUAUUUUAUGAGCUCUUUAUCAGUCCUCCAGAGGUGGUUUUGUAUUGUUAUUUUUGUCUUAUAUGUGUACUGGUAGUUGACACAGGUCAAAGUAUGUGGGUCACGUUUUACUCCUUUUGAAUGUUUCAUUUAUACAAUUCCUUGAACAGCACCGCCUGUGGGGUACUUCCCUCUUGUGGAUUUUCUUCUUUAGCUUGUAGUUUUGCUUCUUCCACUAAUGGCACUUUAAUCUUGGUGCUUAUUGUUUACAUCAAGAUAAAAAGUUAGCGUGCAUGCACGCUCGUGCGGACAUUUAGGAAUGCCAAAGUACGUGCAUACAUGUACAAUGUGCGAUUUUCAUUUAAGUGAUAUUAUUGCCUUUUAUUACGAAUUUAUCUACGUGAAACUUUACAAAUUGUGUAGAAUUAUUCAUAGCUGUUUUAGGCAUUAGAAUACCAAUCGAAAUCAAACUAGAAAAAUCAACUCAAAUCAAAUUGUGAAAGCAAGUCAUAAUAGGAUUGACAAUUAUUUCAUAAUUAUUUCCAGUUGUUUUAUAUUUAAUAUAUAAGAUUGUUAGAAAAUGCAGUUCUGAAACUUGCCUACAUUUCUCCCAGAAAUAGUGAAAAGUAAUCGCCCGACGCAUGAGCAGGGCUAUUUGCGCAUGCGCAAGGACAGGUCGCUCAAAUAACUAUUAUUUCUUUAAACUUGGC